CGGCGGCAGCAGCAGCAGCAGCGCGCGUGUCUGUGUGCGUGAGGCGGGGGAGUCGCGUGGGAUGCAGCAUGGCCGAGCCUCCCGGAGCCCCUCACCGCACCACCGGCUCCACCUUGCUUCACCCGCUGAGCGGGCUGCUGGGCAUCCCGCUGGACCAGAUCAAUUUUGUAGCCUGCCAGCUGUUUGCACUUUUGGCUGCGUUUUGGUUUCGUAUUUACUUGGGUCCCAGCCAUGCCAGCUCUGCUGUUCGCCACGCGUUUGCCACCCUCUUUGGAAUAUACUUUGCUGUCUUCUGCUUCGGGUGGUAUUCCAUUCAUCUUUUUGUCCUGGUGAUGAUGAACUAUGGCAUUAUGAAUAUGGCAAGUAUUCCCAACAUCCACAGGUACUCCUUUGUUGUAGCUAUGGGAUACCUCACGUUGUGCCACAUAAGCCGAAUAUACAUAUUCCAUUAUGGUAUUCUCACGACAGAUUUUUCCGGCCCGCUGAUGAUAAUUACACAGAAGAUCACAACGCUUGCGUGCCAGUUACAUGACGGAAUAGGGCGACAAGCUGAAGAGCUCACUGCUGAGCAAAACCGACUUGCUGUCAAGUCAAGACCUUCUUUGCUGGAGUAUUUAAGCUAUCUCCUCAAUUUUAUGAGCAUCAUAGCUGGGCCUUGCAGCAAUUACAAGGAUUAUAUAGCCUUCAUUGAAGGGAGGCAUGUGCACAUGAAACUGUUAGAAGUGAACUGGAAGCAGAAGGGUUAUGACAGACUUCCUGAUCCUUCUCCAACUGGAGCAGUGAUGUACAAGCUGUGUAUCACGCUAGCAUCUCUCAUUUUAUUCCUGACCCUUACCAAGAACUUUCCUAUGGCCUAUAUCAUUGAUGAUGAGUUUCUUGAUAAAACACCCUUCUUGUCAAGACUUGGCUACCUGUAUGUUGUCACGCAGGCAGCAAAACCAAAGUAUUACUUUGCAUGGACGUUGGCAGAUGCAGUCAACAAUGCAGCUGGCUAUGGCUUCAGCGGCGUGGAUGAGACGGGCGCUUUCCGCUGGGACCUGCUGUCCAACUUAAAUAUCUGGAAUAUUGAGACUGCAACGAGUUUUAAGAUGUACAUUGAGAACUGGAACAUUCAGACAGCUGCCUGGCUCAAACGCGUUUGCUACGACAGAGCUCCCUGGUACCCUACAGCUUUAACGUUUGUGCUGUCAGCCCUGUGGCAUGGUAUCUAUCCUGGAUAUUAUUUUACGUUUCUCACUGGAAUCCUUAUCACACUCGCAGCCAGAGCAAUCAGAAAGAAUUGCAGACAUUACUUCCUCUCCUCAGUGCCUCUCAAGAUAGCCUACGACCUUGUCACCUGGGUUGUCACUCAGCUGGCCGUGUGCUACACGGUUGCACCGUUUGUCAUGCUGGCUGUUGAGCCCACGAUUAAGUUUUACAAGUCUGUGUAUUUUCACAUGCACAUUCUGAGCGUCCUGGUGUUGCUCGUGUUCCCGGCCAGACCUCAAGCCUACUCCAUCAGAAAGCCUCAGCAUCAGGCCACGCAGAACUCCGUUAAAAGCAAAGACAAAUGAUGCCUCCAAAGACAAUUUGCUGGCAUUGGGAAAUGGAACUGUCAUAUUGGAAGCAAAGAAGAAGGAAGCAGAGUGAUAUGGAGGGUUGAAGUAGGAGGAUAAGUGGCACUUCUGUUGGUUGUCUUAAAAUCUUGCUGGGCAGGGCAGAACAGAGCCUGGAUGACUGUGUUUCAAAUGAUUGCAGCUCAGAGAUUUUACAGCCACGUUUACAGGCUCAUGGGGCAUUGUGGUUUUUUUAAAUAAGUAUUUUUAUGAAGUGUUUUUAUAUAUUUAAACUUUUUCACACAGAGAGGCAUUUUUUUGCUCUUUUACAGAAAUGAUACGUUUAUUAAUCAAUAAUCUUGUGAUUAGUGGGACAGGAAGCAGCUAGUAAAGAGUCAGACCAGCUGCCCUAGAGCCUGGUGCUGUGAGUGGCUGGUGGGGAAAGCUUUUCACCUCUUGACUAUGGAGAAAGAUGGUGCAAAUAGAAGACUACAGACAUGGGGUUACACAAGGUGCUGGCACUGACUUCUGCCCCAGGAAGGAGAAAGGAGAGUGGGGCUUUCCCCAAAGCAGGGACUGCAGCCUGAGCUAGACAGGAAGGGUAUUUCACAUCCUUCCAUGUUGCAUCUGCUGGUAAUGAGGACAAGACAAGUCGCUUAGGAGUAAGUGGCAGCUGGCUGAGCCAAAAUCCAAAGCCAAGUCAAAGCAAACCGAAAUGUAGAAGGGAAAUCCCAACCUAGAGCAGGAGAAGGGACGUAGACCCCAUGAUCUGUAGGGCUGGGCUCUUCUCCCGAUGCAGCUUCUCAUGCUACAUCAUCCUGACUCUGCAGUCCUGGUAUGAUGCAGCACUUCCAUUUUGGUGUCAAAACAACUGAGGAGCAGGGUUUAGUGUUUUAAAGCCCACAGUUAUGGGUUCAAUUUGAAAGAGGUUUGUAAUGGAUCAGGCUGUUCUACUUGAGACCAUCCCUUCUUGUGGAGGGGUUUUUUUCCAAGCAGGAUAACACUAAUGUGAAACCCGAACAGUAAUUAGUUUAAUCAUAGUAAACCUCUAAAAGAUACUGGGAGGUGAUGUGAUCAUCACAAGAGUCAAGACCGAGUCCUUGUAUGAUCUUCACCUGUGACUCAGCCUGUCAAUGCAGGUUUCCCUGCUUGUAAAGCCUUUGGCUUACAGAGACAUUUUGAGCCUAAUCUCCAAGCCCUUGGUGUGUGUUGAGAUAACCUGUUGCAAAAUGAUGCCUCAGGUUCUUUCUAAUUUCUUUCUUCCCUUUAAACCUACUUAGCCCAGUAAAACAGGCUGGUAGGAAACACCAAACCCAACUAAAACACUGUUUUAAAGUGACUGUUUGCCAGGAACGUUUUAAUCAGGGUUUUGUAGAAGCCAGUAUUGCUCUUGCUUGAUGAUCAUGUAGCUGAUGUGUGAUUGAGCAAAGAAUCUGCUGUUUAAUGCAUUAAAAUUUUGCAAAACCCAACGUGUUGGGAAGAAACAAAUCAGUGAAACUGAAACAAGUUCCAGAAGAAGUUUGAUUCUUUUUCUUUUUCCUCUUUUUUCCCCCCACCCACCCCCUUCUCUGGUGGGAAGUUUUUGACCCGUGACCACCUGGUGAUUCAGAGCACAGUUUGUGGAAGAGUUUUAUUUGGUAAUUUAUUUUGAAGGUGAAAUGGGAUUAAAAGGUUGA